CACCAAAAACAUUUCCCACAAUGGCCAAGUUUAUUCAGAUGGCAGUGACGUUUGGCAGCUCCAAGUUAGCCAACAGCAAUUACAGAUUUGACGAUGUGUCGCCCGGAGCGGAGCAGAUUCCACAGAUGAAGCGGGAACUGCCCACGCGUAAGAUGUGCCUUGACGCGUUCAAAUCGAACCAUUACGAUGUCCUCAUCAUUGGCGGCGGCGCAGUGGGAGCUGGCUGCGCACUGGACGCGGCCACCCGUGGCCUCAAAACGGCCCUGGUCGAGGGGGACGACUUUGGCAGCGGAACGUCUUCCAAGUCCAGCAAACUCUUGCACGGCGGCUUCAGGGACUUGGAACAGGCAAUAAGGCGCUUCGAUCGAGCAGCCUUUCGACGCGUGCAGAGGUCUCUGAUGGAACGAAGCAAAAUUGGGAAUCUGGCGCCGCAUCUUAACCAGCCAGUGCCGAUCAUGCUUCCAAUACAUCAUUGGUGGCAGGCCCCGCUCUACUACCUGGAGCUUAGACUCUACCACAUGCUGGCUCCCAAGGGAACAAAAGACUUCCAGUACGUCAGCGCCGACGAGGCCGUGGAUAUAUUUCCAAUGAUGCGAAGAGGCGAUCUCUUUGGAGCAUUCGUUUUCUACGAGCGACAGUACGACGAUGCGCGCAUGUGCCUCUCAGUGGCACUCACGGCUGCCCGCUACGGAGCUGACAUCUGCAACCAUAUGAAAGUGGAGAGGCUGCUCAAGAACAAGGAUGGAAAUAUUGGCGGGGCCCAGGCCGUGGACCAGCUAGCGGGCAAGUCGUACACGAUCAGGGCGAAGGUCGUCAUAAAUGCCACCGGCCACUUGAGCGACAGCGUGCGCCUGAUGGAGGAUCCGAUGGCAGAGCAGCUAUGCACCAGCAGCUGGGGCUCUAUUGCCGUCUUUCCGCGCUUCUACUGCCCGCAGCAUGUGGGCGUGUUUGAUCCGCACACAAAGGACGGUGGAUCGAUAUUCUUCCUUCCCUGGCAGGGCCACACUCUCGUGGGAACCAGCAACGAGGCCUGCGAUGUGCCCGGAAAUAAGGCCGCGUUGUGUGCCCCGCCGCAGCCGUCGGAGCGAGAGGUGCAGUGCCUGUUGGAGGGAAUCCGGCACUUUGUCAGCCCCAGCUUUGAUGUGCGCCGGUGCGACGUUCUUGCAGUGUGGGGCGGCUUCAAGGCAAUGCCCGUGGAAUCGGCUGCGCUGAAUAACACCCCAUUGAGGAAUCAUGUCGUCAAUCUGGGUCCCAGGAACAUGGUGUCCAUUGUGGGCGGCACUUGGUCUUCGUUUCGCAUGCUGGCCGAAAAGGCGGUCAACGCUGCCAUUAAGUACGGCAACAUAGACGCUCUCCGGCCUCGCUCGGUGACGGCGGACACUUGCAAGCUGGAUGGUGCCAAUGGCUGGACCCCGAGAAUGUUCAUACGGCUGGUGCGGGACUUCGGUAUGGAGCGCGAUGUCGCCGAGCAUCUCUCGAACACGUACGGCUCCAAUGCCUUCAAGGUGGCCGUCAACGCCUCGAAUAGCGGAAAGGGGUGGCCCAUUGUCGGCAAGAGGCUGCACUCGGAGUUUCCCUACAUAGAGGCCGAUGUGAAGCAAGGCGUGAGAGACUAUGCGUGCACACUGGUGGACAUGGUGGCCCGUCGGCUGCGCGUGGCAUUCCUCAAUGUGCAGGUGGCCGAUGAGAUCCUGCCGCAGGUGGCGAACGUAAUGGGCCGCGAGCUGAAGUGGUCCAGCGAGCGAAAGGCCAAGGAGAUUGACGAUGCGCGCAGAUUCCUCAGCACCCAAAUGGGCCAGCUGAGCGGGGAUCCCGUCCAGCUCAGUGUUCCCAUCAAGAUGUCCGUUCGGCAGGUACACAAAUAUGUCACCCAUUUCCGAACCUUGGACGAGAACAACACCGGCUAUGUAACGAUCAGCAACUGUUGCAAAGCGAUGAAGGCGAUGGGAGUCAAGGAAGUGCCCGUCGAUCUGAUGCACAACGUUCUGCGCGACAUCGACUGCCACGCUCAGGGCAAGGUCAAUCUGUACGAGUUCCUUCUGCUCAUGUCAGCCGUGGUACAAGGGGAUACUGAAUACCUGCGCUACGCCAAGAUAUGCAUGGACCAAAAGCUCGUGUCUGUGAGCAACCAGCAGCCCCGUGCAGUGCCAGUGGAGCGAGCAUGCGGUGGACCCUAACACUCUAAUGGCGAUCCUUGUAGAGCAUUUCACGUAGGAACGGAUCCUUUGGGACCGAGACCAUAAAUAUAGUUUAUUUUUUCAAGCAUUCCAAUUCACACACAA